AUGACGGUCGUUGAGCAGCCCGCCAGCCCGAUCUUUCAAUCUGGCAGCGGGGACGUGGCUCUCGGAAUUGCCGUGGUUGCAUUCAUGGCCAUCGCGCUAUACAACGCCCUCGAGCUAUCGGUGCUCAUUCCGCUUAGCUUCAAACGAUAUCACAGUCUAUACUUCUGGUCACUACUGAUCUCCGCCGUCCUUGGUGUCAUCCCGGCCACUCUAGGGCCUAGCUUUCAGUUCUUCAACCUGGCACCUCUCUGGCUGAGCUUGACUCUAUCCAACAUUGGUUUCGUGUGCAUGGUGCCCAAUCAAUCCGUCGUGCUCUACUCACGGCUGCACCUGGUGUCUCAGAAUCCCCUGGUGCUGAGCAUGGUCAAAUGGCUGGUUAUCAUCGGAGGAUUCGUUGUCAUUCCCGCCAUCGUUUUGAACUUUGGAUCUAGCUACCUUCCACACGAAUCAUCGUGGACAAAAGGAUUCGAUGUAUUCGAGCGGUUACAGUUGACCUGGUUCGUAGCACAGGAGAUGUUAAUAUCUUCUAUCUAUAUCUGGGAAACUGUCCAACUCAUUCGUCUCAGUCCAGAGGGAGACAAACGACGCCAUAAGAUCUUAUAUGAACUGGUUGCUAUCAAUGUUGCAGCUAUCGUCAUGGACAUAGCGUUGGUGGUACUUGAGUACUUGGGAUUUUACUUCACACAAGUGAUUCUCAAGGCUACAGUUUACAGCAUCAAGCUUAAAUUGGAAUUUGCAGUGCUGGGGAUGUUAGUCUCGCUUGUACAUCCGCAUGCAGACUCGGGACCACCAACGUGGUCUGCAGACUGGACUUCGUCAACUUUCUCAUAA